GAAACACCAAACAAACCGAGAGGGCGACAGAAAGAAAGAAACCCAGCGAGGAGGGGGGAUGGAGGGAGACACAGAGAAACGGAGAGGAACAUGUGAGGAAUAAACACGCGAGGAUUUUCCGGACGCUUGAUUUCUGUCUUUCUUUGUCGGAGGAUUGUAUUGAACCGGAUUCCGAUAUGAACCCUGCAGAAGCGGCCGAGGAGGCGCCGAGCGACCCCGACACUGAUGCCUUCUAUAAAACAGGGUCACCGAGGACUGAGGGCAUCAAGGCGUCCGAUGUUCUUCCUGUGUUGAAGGAGAAAGUUGCCUUCGUGUCAGGUGGGCGCGAUAAAAGAGGAGGACCGAUCGUGACGUUUCCUGCUAGAAGUAACCACGACCGAAUAAAACAGGAAGACCUGAGGAGGCUGGUGACCUACCUGUCUACUGUUCCCAGUGAGGAUGUAUGUAAACGUGGUUUCACCGUCAUCAUCGACAUGCGUGGUUCUAAGUGGGAGCUGAUCAAGCCUCUGCUGAAGACCCUGCAGGAGUUUUUCCCCGCUGAGAUCUGUGUGGCGCUCAUCAUCAAGCCGGACAACUUCUGGCAGAAACAGAAGACCAAUUUUGGCAGUGCGAAGUUCUCGUUUGAGACCAGCAUGGUGUCAGUUGAAGGUCUGUCUAAGCUGGUGGACCCCUCCCAGCUGACGGACGACUUCGAAGGCUCUCUGGACUACAACCAUGACGAGUGGAUGGAGCUGAGAGUCUCCCUGGAGGAGUUCAUCUCCAACGCUGCUCACCUGCUGUCCCGUCUGGAAGACCUGCAGGAGCUUCAGUCCAAAAAGGAGUUUCCUGCAGAUGUGGAGGGAUCUCGACGCUUGAUAGAUGAACACACACAGCUGAAGAAAAAGGUGCUGAAGGCUCCAGUGGAAGAGCUGGACCGAGAAGGCCAGAGGCUGCUGCAGUGUAUCCGAUCUAGUGAUGGUUUUUCAGGGAGGAACUGCAUCUCAGGCUCUGCUGACUUCCAGAGUUUGGUGCCCAAGGUGGCCAGUCUGCUGGAUAAGCUCCACUCCACACGGCAGCAUCUCCAUCAGAUGUGGCACGUGAGGAAGCUGAAGCUGGACCAGUGCUUCCAGCUCCGUCUGUUCGAACAGGACGCAGAGAAGAUGUUCGACUGGAUCAGCCACAACAAGGAGCUUUUCCUGCAGAGUCACACAGAGAUCGGGCGAGGAUACCAACACGCUGUGGAGCUGCAGACUCAACACAACCACUUUGCUAUGAACUCCAUGAAUGCCUAUGUAAAUAUCAACAGGAUCAUGUCGGUGGCGAGCCGCCUGGCAGAGGCCAGUCACUAUGCCUCCACACAGAUAAAACAGAUCUCCACUCAGCUGGAUCUGGACUGGAAAAGUUUUGCCGCUGCACUCGACGAGCGCUCCACCAUCCUCGCCAUGUCGUCUGUGUUUCACCAGAAGUCUGAGCAGUUCCUGUCGGAGGUUGAUGCCUGGUGUAAAGUGUGCAGUGAGGGGGGGUUGCCGUCCGAAAUGCAGGAGCUGGAAAUCGCCAUCCAUCGCCACCAGAGUCUGUACGAGCAGGUGUCCCAGGCUUACACCGAGGUGAGUCAGGAUGGUAAAGCCCUAUUGGACGUCCUCCAGAGGCCUUUGAGUCCCGGCAACUCUGAAUCGCUCACAGCCACUGCCAAUUACUCCAAAGCGGUUCACUGCAUCCUGGACGUGGUUCACGAGAUUCUCCACCAUCAGCGGCGUCUCGAGAAUAUUUGGCAGCAUCGAAAGGUCCGACUGCACCAGAGACUGCAGCUGUGUGUGUUCCAGCAAGACGUCCAGCAGGUGAUGGACUGGAUAGAAAACCACGGCGAAGCUUUCCUCAGCAAACACACUGGUGUUGGGAAAUCCCUUCACAGAGCCCGAGCCCUGCAGAAAAGACACGACGACUUUGAAGACGUAGCUCAGAACACGUACACUAAUGCGGACAAGUUGCUGGAAGCGGCAGAGCAGCUAGCUCAGACCGGAGAGUGCGACCCUGAGGAAAUCUACAAGGCCGCGCGGCACCUGGAAGUCCGAAUCCAGGACUUUGUCCGCCGGGUGGAACACAGGAAGCUGCUGCUCGACAUGUCCGUGUCCUUCCACACACACACCAAGGAGCUGUGGUCGUGGAUGGAGGAGCUUCAGAAGCAGCUGCUGGAUGAGGUUUGCUGUGAUUCUGUGGAUUCGGUGCAGACUCUGAUCCAGCAGUUUCAGCAGCAGCAGACGGCCACACUGGAGGCAACGCUCAAUGUGAUUAAAGAGGGAGAGGAACUAAUGCAGCAGCUCAGAGACGCAGCCAUGUCGACCAAUAAGACGCCUCACUGCAGUUCCAUCGCUCACAUCCAGGGGGUGCUGCAGCAGCUGGACGAGGCUCAGGGUCAGAUGGAGGAACUGUUCCACGAACGCAAAAUCAAACUGGACAUCUUUCUCCAGCUACGCAUAUUUGAGCAGUAUACUAUAGAGGUCACAGCAGAGUUGGAUGCCUGGAACGAGGAUCUGUCUCGACAGCUGGGCGACGGCAGCCGAUCGGGCGGCAGCAGCGCCAGCAGCACCGGGGGGGGCGGCGCCUCCUCCGGCGGCGCAGAGGAGAUCGGCCUGGCAGAGCAGCGGCUCAAACGACACGCCGAGAGGAAGGCAGCCAUGAACAAUAUGACCUACGAAGUGAUGCAGCAGGGCCAAGACCUGCACCAGUACAUCAUGGAGGUCCAGGCUUCAGGGAUCGAGCUGACGGGGGAGAAGGACAUGGACUUGGCCUCUCAGGUCCAGGAGCUACUGGAGUUCCUGCAUGAGAAGCAGCAGGAGGUGGAGCUCGCGGCGCAACACACACACACCCGGCUGGAGCAGAUCCUGCAGCUGCGCCACCUACAGGGCGAGGUCAAACAGGUGUUGGGUUGGAUUCGUAAUGGUGAGUCCAUGUUGAACGCCAGCAUGGUGAACGCCAGCUCUCUGUCUGAGGCCGAGCAGCUGCAGAGGGAACAUGAGCAGUUCCAGAUGGCUAUAGAGUCUCUCUUUCAUGCUAAUUCUCUCCAGAAGACACAUCAGAGUGCUUUGCAAGUCCAGCAAAAAGCUGAGAUCAUGCUUCAGGCCGGUCACUACGAUCCGGAGGCCAUCAGAGGCUGUGCUGAGAAAGUGGCCGUCCACUGGCAGCAGCUGAUGCUGAAGAUGGAGGACCGGCUGAAGCUGGUCAAUGCCUCUGUGGCUUUUUACAAGACAUCUGAACAGGUGUGCAGUGUGUUGGAGAGUCUGGAGCAGGAGUAUCGUCGGGAUGAGGACUGGUGCGGCAGCCAUGACAAACUGGGGCUGUCGGCAGACUGCGAACACCUCCUCCCUCUGAUCAGCAAACACCUGGAGCAGAAAGAAGCCUUCCUCAAGGCGUGCACUCUGGCCCGGAGGAACGCAGAGGUGUUUCUGAAGUACAUCCACAGGAACAAUGUGAGCAUGCCCGGAGCCUCCGGUCACACCAGAGGGCCUGAACAGCAGGUCAAAGCCAUUCUGAAUGAGCUGCUGCAGCGAGAGAACCGAGUCCUUCACUUCUGGACGUUGAAGAAGCGAAGGCUGGACCAAUGUCAGCAGUACUUGGUGUUUGAACGCAGUGCCAAACAGGCGUUGGAUUGGAUCCAAGAGACGGGUGAAGUUUACCUGGCAACACACACAUCACCUGGUGAAUGCAGCGAGGAAACACAGCAACUCCUCAACGACUACCAUCACUUCAGACUCAAUGCCAAGCAAACCAAGGAGAAGGUGAAGCUUCUGAUCCAGUUAGCGGACAACCUGGUGGAGAAAGGCCACGCCCACGUGUCGGAGCUGAAGCGCUGGGUCAGCACGGUGGACCGCCGAUACCGAGACUUCUCCCUGCGCAUGGGCAAAUACCAGGAGAGCCUGGAGAGAAGCCUGGGGGUCAGCUCUGAGGACAAUAAAGACUUGGAGUUGGAUAUUAUUCCUGCCAGCCUGACAGACGACCCCGAGGUCAAACUGCGUGACCCCAACCCCGAGGUCAACGAGGAGAAGAGGAAGUCUGCCAGGAAGAAAGAGUUCAUCAUGGCAGAGCUGCUGCAGACAGAGAAGACCUACGUCAAAGACCUCCAAGAGUGUCUAGAGAACUACCUGUGGGAGAUGACCAACGGCGUGGAGGAGGUUCCUGCCGCCAUCGCUAACAAGGAGCACAUCGUCUUCGGCAACAUGCAGGCUAUCUGCGACUUCCACAACAAUAUUUUCCUGAAGGAGCUGGUGAACUAUGAGCAGCUUCCAGAGGAUGUGGGUCACUGCUUCGUCACCUGGGCUGAUAAGUUCCACAUUUAUGUUGAUUACUGUAAGAACAAACCGGACUCCAGUCAGCUCAUACUGGAACAUGCCGGCACCUUCUUCGACGAGAUUCAGCAGAAACGUGGACUGGCUAACUCCAUCUCCUCCUACCUCAUUAAACCGGUCCAGAGGAUCACCAAGUACCAACUACUGCUUAAGGAGUUACUGUCAUGUUGUGAGGAGGGAAAAGGGGAGAUUAAAGAUGGUUUGGAGGUGAUGCUCGGUGUCCCUAAGAGAGCUAAUGAUGCCAUGCAUCUCGCCAUGAUGGAGGGGUUUGAGGAGAACCUGGAGGUGCAGGGCGAGCUGAUCCUGCAGGACAGUUUCCAGGUCUGGGAUCCACGCUCGCUGAUCAGGAAGGGGCGGGACCGACACCUCUUCCUGUUUGAGUUCUCCCUGGUCUUCAGCAAGGAGAUCAAGGACUCAGCUGGAAGAACCAAGUACCAGUACAAGACCAAACUACUGACAUCGGAGUUGGGGGUGACCGAGCACAUUGAGGGCGAUCCAUGUAAAUUUGCACUUUGGGCAGGAAGAACCCCCUCCUCUGAUAACAAAACGGUGCUAAAGGCGUCCAAUAUGGAGGCUAAACAGGAGUGGAUUAAAAACAUCAGGGAGGUGAUCCAGGAGAGGAUGACUCACCUGAAGGGGCCGCUCAAAGAGCCUCUGCAUGUGCCCAAAACACCAGCGAUGACCAAACCAAGGAAUAAUGCUAAGAGGGAAGGAGGAGAAGAUGGAGACAGUCAGGGAGACGGCAGCCAACCAGAUACCAUCUCCAUCGCCUCCAGGACGUCCCAGAACACUGUCGACAGCGACAAGCUCUCUGGCGGCUGCGAGCUGACGGUCGUCCUCCAGGACUUCACAGCAGGAUGCAGCACGGAGAUGUCCGUCAGCACCGGCCAGACGGUGGAGCUGUUGGAGCGGCCGAGCGAGCGGCCCGGUUGGUGUUUGGUGCGGACCACCGAGCGCAGCCCCCCCCAGGAGGGUCUGGUUCCCAGCUCCGCGCUCUGUGUGUCCCACUCGCGCUCCAGCGUGGAGAUGGACUGCUUCUUCGGCUCGGGGAAAGAAAACUAUCCCGUGAGCGGCUCUGAUGGAAAGACGGAGUCUGUGGCGGACCUCCAGCCGCAGCCCUCGCUCACCUCGGUUCACUCCAGCUCUCCGGGUCCCAAACGCUCCGGAAACACUCUGAGGAAGUGGCUCACCAGCCCGGUGCGCCGCCUCAGCCACGGCAGCUCCGUCAAGAAACUGCCCAACAACAAACAGAAGAAAACUGGAACAGGAAGAGAGGAGAGCAGGAAGAGCAUCGACCUGGGACCCCCCCUGCAGGACGACAUCAUCGACGAGAGACGCCGCGGUAACAACGCUAACAUCCUCUCCAAGUCUGGGAUGCAGAGCGGCGGGGAAGAGGAGCAGGACGAGGAGCCGCACACCGACCUGCCCCCCCGCAUGGAGAUCAUCAAGGACCAGGAGGACAAGUCUUCCUCCUUGCUAACAUCUCUUCAGUCGUCCUCUGACGUGCCCAGCGCUGCAGAGCUGGUUAGCGCCAUAGAAAAACUGGUUAAAACCAAGAUGACUCUGGAUAAAGGAACGUACCCCGACUUCCCGUCUCUGUCUCCACCGGAGCAAACCACUCCAGUGCAGCCGCGAAACCCUGAGCUGGAGCAGAGAGCCAAAGCUAUGAGAGGACGGAUGUUUGUCCUUAACGAGCUGAUCCAGACGGAGAAGGACUACGUCAAGGACCUGGGCAUCGUGGUGGAGGGCUUCAUGAAGAGGAUCGAGGAGAAGGGCAUCCCCGACGACAUGAAAGGAAAAGACAAAAUCGUCUUCGGGAACAUCCACCAGAUCUACGACUGGCACAGAGACUUCUUCGUCGGAGAGCUGGAUAAAUGUUUAGACGACCAUGAGCUCCUUCCUGAGCUCUUCAUCAAACAUGAGAGAAGGCUCCACAUGUACGUGAUUUAUUGUCAGAAUAAGCCGAAGUCAGAGUUCAUCGUGGCAGAAUACGAUACAUUCUUCGAGGGACUCCAGCAGGACGUCCAGACCAGGUUGUCCAUGAGUGACUUCCUCAUCAAACCAAUCCAGAGAAUCACCAAAUACCAGCUGCUACUGAAGGACUUCCAGAAGUACAGCAGCAAGGCAGGCAUUGACUGUGAACAAAUCGAGAAAGCAGUAGAUUUGAUGUCUCAGGUCCCUAAACUGUGUAAUGACAUGAUGAAUCUGGGUCGUCUGCAGGGAUACGAGGGUAAACUGACCAGUCAGGGCAAGCUGCUCCAGCAGGAAACCUUCUUCGUCACAGAGCAGGACUCCGGCGUCCUGUCGCGCUCCAAAGAGAGACGAGUUUUCCUUUUCGAGCAAAUCGUCAUCUUCAGUGAGCUGCUCAGGAAAGGGUCGUCCACGCCCGGAUACCAGUUCAAGAAGAGCAUAAAAAUAUCCUUCCUGGGUCUGGAGGACAGCAGCGAUAACGAUCAAUGUAAGUUCGUCCUGACGUGUCGCGGCUCGUCGGAGCGUUUCACCCUGCAGGCCGCCAACGUGGACAUCAAACAGAUCUGGGUCCGACACAUCCAGGACGUCCUGGAUGCUCAGAACAACUUCCUGUCUGCCCUCCAGUCUCCCAUUGAGUACCAAAAGGAGAAGGGCGGAGCGGGCAGCAGCGCCUCGCUGACCAGGAACCGCUCUGGCUCGGGGAACCGUUCUUCUUCUGCAGCUUCGUCUCAAAGCCGCCCGUCAUCAGCCGUCGGCCUCGGAGACAAGGAGCCGGAGAGAGGGAGGCCCGUGAUGAAAGUGUCCACCUCCAACGGCGGAUCCACGUGUUUCGAGUCCAGGGACCUCGAAGGCUGUAACGGCGUCUCCUCCACCAUGUUGGUUUCUCAGGACUACUCGGCGCUCAAGGAGAACGAGAUCUGCGUCAGUCAGGGAGAGACCGUCCAGAUCCUGGCCACCAAUCAGCAGAACAUGUACCUUGUUUACCGGCAGGCCAACAGCCAAUCACCUGCCGCAGAGGGCUGGGUGCCGGGACGCAUCCUGGUCCCGCUCACUAAGUCCAUUAAAGACUCUUCUUCUACUUCCUCCUUUCCGACGUCGGUGGCCGAUGCCAGCAACAUCAAGAAGUCUCUGUCGUGGAACACACUGCGCGCCAGGAAGCGUGCCGAAGCAAAGGACGGCUCUUUUGUGGGGGUCAGAGGUCAGGAGAACGGCCUCCUCCGUAAGCCCAAAGAAACCACCCCACCUCCCACGCUCGCCUCCCCCGCCACCAGGGCGAAGGGCAAAGACCUUCACACUUCAGAUGAGUCUGACUGUGACGAUGACCUUGACCCAAAAACUGGCAUGGAGCUUCUCAACCCAAACUUCAUCCAGGAAGUGGCUCCAGAGUUCCUCGUCCCUCUGUCAGACGUGGUGUGUGCGUUCGGGGAGACGGUGGUCCUCUGCUGUAAAGUGUGUGGACGACCCAAACCCUCGGUCACCCUGAAGGGUCCGGACCAGAACCCAGUGACCAGCAACAACCGCUUCACCAUAGACAUCAGGGAUACAGGUGACAUCCUGUUGAAGAUCUGUAACCUGAUGCCUCAGGACACAGGGAUCUACACCUGUGUUGCCGUUAACGACCACGGCUCUGCCUCGUCCUCCGCCUCCAUCAAAGUGCAAGGUAUCCCAGCAGCCCCUGGGCGGCCGGUGGCUCAGGAGGCCAGCAGCACGGCGGUGAUGAUCCAAUGGCCGCCUCCAGCUUCCUCUGCUCACUGCAGUGUGAGCAGCUACAAUGUGGAGUACAGACAGGAAGACUCGUUGCUAUGGCAGCAGGUGGCCAGCAGCAAAGAGGAGUGUGUUCAGAUCGACUCUCUGAUCCCUGGAGGUCACUAUCAGUUCAGAGUGCGAGCCUCCAACCGCUGGGGGGUCGGCCCCCCCUCCGAACCCUCCAACAUGAUCACACUGCCCAGCACCAACUCUGGGUAUGAUGGAACGGGGAUCCAGUGGAAAGAAAACUUUGAGUCGACUUUCUCUGAAAUCUGUGAGAUCGGAAGGGGACGAUUUUCAGUGGUGAGAAAAUGUCUCAACAAAUCUACAAAGAAAGAGGUUGCGGUUAAAUUUGUGAGUAAGAAGAUGCAGAAGAAGGAGCAGGUGGCUCAUGAGGCGGACGUCCUCCAACACGUGCAGCAUCACCAGCUGGUGGCGCUGCUGGACACGUACGAGUCUCCAACCUCUCUGAUGCUGACCAUGGAGCUGCUGGAGGACGGACGUUUGCUCGACUACCUGGUGGCCUGUGAUGAGCUGAUGGAGGAGAAGGUGGCGUUCUUCAUCAGAGAGACACUCGAGGCCCUGCAGCACCUUCACACCUGCAGAGUGACACACCUGGAUCUGAAGCCUGAGAACAUCAUGGUGGACCUCCACUCUCACACCCCGGGCAUCAAACUCAUCGACCUCGGUGAUGCCGUCCAGCUGUCCGCUCACCGCCGGUACGUCCACCUCUUGCUCGGAAACCCAGAGUUCGCUGCACCUGAGCUCAUCCGUGGGACUCCAGUCUCUGUCGCCACGGACAUGUGGAGCGUGGGCGUGUUGGCCUACGUGAUGCUCAGUGGGGUUUCCCCGUUUCUGGAUGAAUCACCGGAGGAAACCUGCGUGAACAUCUGCCGCCUGGACUUCUGCUUCCCGGAUGAAUACUUCCGAGAUGUGAGCCAGGCGGCGAGGGACUUUGUGUCCUCACUGCUGCAGCAGGAUCCCAGGAAGAGGCCAAGCGCUACUUCCUGUCUGCAGCACCCUUGGGUGGGCCGCGGGGGGGCACACGGUGGGGAAUACUCCAAGAAGCCCCUGGACACUACGCGGCUGGCCACAUUUAUUGACAGGAGAAAACAGCUGCAUGACGUCCGGCCCAUCACUAAUAUCAAAGGGCUGGUGAGCAGCAGCAUGGGAAACACACUGUGACCACCGGGACCCCAACAAUAACAUUACCAUAUAUUUUAAGCAUUUCAUUUUAUCCUGUAUUUAUUAAUGUGUGCGUGGGAAAGGGAUUUGGUGCCUGGAUUUGUCAUGUAGGGCGAGAUUGAAUCCUCUUCCAAGGACCAGUCAGACCAAACUUAUAAUAAGAAGAUUAAAUCAUUGAAAUAAAUGGCUCUAUUAAUAAUAAUUAAUAAUUAUAUUUAUUUACUGACUAACACUAGAUCACCUAGUUUCAACCAUUACAUAAGAAGCGGGUUCCAAAAACUGCCUAGAACACCCCAGAAACCCAAAGAAAAAACCUCAAAGUUGAGAAAAUUAGCAUUUAGAAAACACACUGUGAGCAAACAUUAUGGCAACAUAUUAGUUUAUAUUUGUAAUAUUUAUUUUUACAGGGAGAGAGUGUAUAUUGGAGGCAAGCGGAGCCAGUUAUGUUAGGAGAUCAUCUCAUCUUGUAUCUCUUUCACUUGGAUCUGGAGAGAGGUGCAGGGAUCACUCACCAACUGAAAAGUAUUUACCACCCAUGAUCAGAUCACAUGCUUUGGCUAACAUGACUGAGCAUAUUAAAAAGGCUUAGUGAGUUUAUACAGUGACCAAUGAGGUAAUGCACUGUGAAAAACCUGCGAAAGAUGCAUUUGUUUUCAUAUAGUCUGAUUUGAAUGAGAAAAACUCACGAAAGAGAGUCUAAAGAAAACGUUUUAAUGUUGGUUUAGUUGCUGUUUUAAUCCUGGACCUCUAUCAAGAAGCCUUUGACUGGAUUACCAGAACCUGGGGAUUAAUUCACAAAAUAACUCGUGAGACAAAAUAUAAGCCAAUUGACCCGAUAGCAUGUAUGUUCUGGUAACUGCGGCGUUGAAUGCAUAGUGAUUUGUUAAAUGCAAAGGUCAUGCCCUAUCUCGUAAUUAUAAAGAAACUAAAAAGUAAUUUUUGUUUUUGCCCCAUGGUUUUGCUAUCUGAAAUGUAAUAGCUUUUACUCUUGUCUAACAAGCUUCAUGAAUAUCGCGCUGACAAACAAAAAACAAGCUAAAAAAAUAACCUCCAUGUUGGUGAAGGUAACAAUUACUUGCUUGUCCAAAUGACUUGUGGGAAAUUCCUUGUUUACGUAGAAAAUAAUCAACUAAAAAGUCUGAAAGGUAGAGAGCAAAAACAACUAGUCUCAAACAGGAUAUUUAAUUCUCAUUUGUGCGUUUGGUAUGAAGUAUAACAGAUCAUUUUUUAAUGACAAUAUAUAAAAACUGCAGCUGUGAUUUAAACCCCCAACACGUAAAGCUUCUUGGACUGGAUGCAACAGCGCUGAACCCUCGCUAUGAUAUACUUUUUAUUUAUUGAAUGUUUAUUUAUUUCAGAACUGAGGUUGAUAGUGAAAUCAUAUUUGGAUAUGUGACCUGGAGCAGUCUGUCUUCGCUAGGUGAAGAAAUCAAACUGAACUGAACAGCUGCUGGACUAUAGCAGCAGAGUUUACGUUGUUAAUAGUGUCAUAGUGAACCGCUGGAUUUACAUCAAAUCACUGACUGAUCCAAACUGAACUGAACCGUCAUGGACUACACAAACUGGGUUCAAAUGGGCAGUUGUAGCAUCAGUACAUUGAAGGUGAAAAAACUGAAUCCAGAGGACGACUGGACCUUUUACAGGAGCACAGAGAAGGCACCAUGGAGACUGAAACCCUUUCUAUAGGACACUUAUCAUUCGUUGAUAUCACUGUUUACAAUUGUCCAAAAAAAUGCUUAUGUAGUUUACAAAAAAGGUAGAAUAAUCAGGGAUAACCUGCAUGUAAAUUCACCAGGUAUGGUUUAGAAAUCAGGUUUAGAAAUCUGUCUUGUUUCUUAAACAAAAACCUGUGACAUUUGGUGUUAAGGUGGGAAAUGAACUCUGAAACGUAUCUGUUUGUACAUUUGUGGAGCAGCCACUGUGGAAAGUAACCAGCCAUAGUGGUAGUAAUUUGUCUUGUUAAAUAGUUUAUGUGGCUGCUAAAUCUGGUCUUUAGACAGAAGAGUCCAUUUACUGUCUUGUUUCUACUGAUGAAUGUAUACAAAUUGUAGAAUGUGUUCUGCCAUCACAAGUGCUGUCCUCUGCUUUCACCAACUGCUUUCACAACGCUCUUUUCCCUCCUAAGCAUUUAGUGUACUACUAUAGUAAGCGUUUAUUUAAGCCAGGGAUGCAGAAUGGUGCAAAUGUAAGCUCUUACAAAAACAUCCGUGCAAAUCUACAAAUGUUUUUUUAAUAUAGCUGUAACAAGAUCUGUUCAGGUACUAAUGUUCUGCUGUUUUACAGUAUCUCAUUCAUCUUCUUAGCAGGGAUUUUAGAUAGACAUGUCGGCUUCCCACAGGGACAAAGCAUAGUGUGCUAUAAACAAAACACAGCAUUAUUUUUGAACAUGUUUUAUUCAUCUCCUACUACUAAACAGAACAGCUUUGUGUUAAAUGAUUCAAUAAUAAAUACAGAAGUAGUGCUUCAAGGCUGCGGCUAACUGUAUCAACUAACAAGCUGAUGUAUAAAUGCUGUUAACAUUAGUGCUAAAACAGUCAGCAUUAAAAACAAUGGUUGUAUUUCAUAUUGGUCUUUGGAGACUCAAAGUGUUCAUUCAGUUUCUGAAACCUUUCUUAUAAAGAUGAGAAAAAAGUGGCAUUAUGAAUGAAACAAUCAUCAGGUGAAAUGUCUAAAGUAUGUUAAACACAGAUGCGUGCAAAACGAAACUGUUGAUAUUAAAUAGUGAGCUCUGUUUUAGCAAAAGAAACAGGAUUAUACCACAAUGUCAUGGCUUUAGCACAUUUUGUAUUAUUCAUACAAUAGAUAUUCUAUAACUUAUUACUGUUAAAGAAUUGAACGCUUUGAGCCUCCAUAUAAAACCUCAACUGUUAGCAAAGAAACCUACAGUUGUUUCUCUUGAAUGAAAUACCCGGACUGCCUCGCUUGAAGCUUACAAAAGUGCUUCGGCCGCAUGAUUAAACAAUAAGUGUUUAUCAAAUGUUGCUAAAAAUGUAGGAGAAUCCGGAAUGCCUGAAGCAAAUGUUUGUCAUCUUUUUAAAGAAAAAUAAUAACUAAGAUCAGAUUGUGAAGACUAAAAGCAAAAUUCAGUUACAGUUUGUGGUCCCUAGACAUUUCCCCAUGAGCUGUUUUUCUUUUACAGUAAACAUUGAUUUACUUUUUGUUUGCAUUUCAACUGAAAAAGUAAAGUCUUUGCUCUGUCUUGUGGUAUUUCAGCCUAGCACUCAGGGUCAUCAUGAGGUAUAGUGUAUAACCAAGCCUUCAAACACACAUACUAUUACCAGAAUAUUUAAGCUUUUCUCAGACUGUAUUUCUGUCUUGUUAAAACUGUUAAUAAUAAUAAGGUUCCUGUACAAAUGAACACUCAUCUGCAGCAUACGGAGGGAGUUCAAUAACCAUCUGAAACAUGUGGUGAAGUAAUAGUGUACAGUAUAAGUACUAGUCUUGUCUAAAGCAGUACAUCUGGUUGACCUUGCUGCAGUGUAAACCUCGGUUUAACUCUCUGAAGAAGCUGAUCUUUCGGUUGUUCAAUAUAAGAAAUCUGUCAACGAGUCUAAUCUAAGUCAUGUUUCAGUAAGAUAAGACAACACCGUUCUUCACAUUUUGUGUUUUAGGUUAGGAAAUACUUGAUAAAGUUAAAACAUUUUGAGUCCCGAGUCCUAAAGUGUAGACCUUUCCCAGAAUUCAGACCUAAAUCACCUGUGUUUUUAAGCAGUUGGAUUUUAAUGAAUUCAUGUAACCAGAAUUAAUGAACAAAAGUGGUUGCUAGAAGAAGAAGGAAACCACAGUGUAUAACGCUGACAAGUACUGCAGUGUAUUGGCAUCAAAACAUACAACAGUAAAAGUACAAUGUCCUAUAUUCAGAUACAGGUAGUAUUGCAUAUUAUAUUAUAAGAUAAAAAAAAUUGAUGCAUUAAUGUGCAUAUUACUUUUCUGCCACAGCUGAUAAAAGUGAAACUAAUUGUAAUAACUUUACAAAUUGCUGGAUGGCGUCCCUAGCGGAAUGAUGAACUUGUAUCUAUACAUUUUGGGGGGGAUUUAAUUUGGUUUAAAUCUACAAUCAACUAACAACUGAAGCUAUCACAUGUCAUGGAGGGAAAUGUAAAUGAUGCCUUUAAAGAAGUAUAAAGACAGAAGUUUUAUGUUGAAGACUUGCAGAUCAUCUUCUACACAGAGUUAAACUUGAGGCUCUCCUGGUAGAUUUAGUCCCACAAUGCAUCAGUCCUGACUGGGAGAGCUGUAGUGGCUCACCUGUUGAAUGCCUUGCCUGUUCUGUAUCCUGAUGGUGUUCCUGCUGAGCUUCGUCCACAGAGAACAUCACGCUGAUGUCUUCAUGUCGCUGUGUGCAGCUGCACGCUCCUGUACAGGCCAACUCUUCUUACUCCAUUCAACCUGCUGGUUUGUUACUCUUUCUUUACUAAUAAACAACCUGCUUGUUUCGAUU